CCGCUGGGGUACGCCACGAUCGGGGCACGACCGAACCUGACUCCGAUCCGGUGCCCACAAUGUUGCCCACAGCGCUACGGUGAGGUACCCAAGUACUACUACUACUACCGUACCCCAAUACUCUACGAUUUAAAACUACUACCGAACGAACGUGCGAACGCGACCCACUCUAUUCGUAUUUCGUACCUAAAACGAUUCCGAAUCAAUGUGCACCGGAAAUAUUAAUAUCAUUCGCGAUUGGAUUGUGACCAAAAAUCAUUUUCACCAAAAUUUCGAAAGUCCAAAUCGAAAUCAACAUUUCCGGAUAUCAUAAAAAGUGAUUAUCAAAUUGGAUUUGGAUUAUAAACUAAACUAAUUUGGAUUAAGAGGAUCGAUGAGUGUUGUUAUUAAGUUCGAAUAAUUCUCAUUAAAAAAAUUAAAGUGUUUUUUUUUUUAAAGUGGGGAAAUCUCUUUAUAUUUAUUUAUAUUUUGAGUGUUAGUUCCGGAUGUUUUGUGUUAAACCGUGAUUCUAGGAUGGUUUUGGGUGAUGCUCCAGGCGGCACCACUCGUCUUUGAAUAUACUGGAUGAUACCUAAUGAGCUCAAGUGAGUAAAUGAUAUUGCGACUGCAAAGAAUAGUGCUAACUUUUAUCGUAAUCCUGACAAUGUCCCCAAUUAUGGCGCCAGCGCUAAGUACUCACGAACCAGGCUGCAACAACAAAAACAUUAAGUUGAAGAAGUUUAUUAGUUCGGCGGCACAAGGAUAUUUGGCGAUUGUUAAUAAUACUUUAGUUACAACAGUUAGUGAUAGUGAUCAUUUAUUAUAUACAAUAAACGGCGCGAAAAGAUCGGCGCAAUUUUAUUUAUUCGACCCGAAGGCGAAAAUGUUCAUUUGCGCCACGAAGCCAACAAAGCCCAUCAAGUCUACGAACUCAACAAAGCCCCAAAAACGCAAACGGUUUAUACCAAAAAAAAUACCGAACCCGGCCAAGUUGUGUUUAUUCGACGAAGUCAUCGAUGAAGAAAAAACGGGCGAAAUAAAAUUGAAGGUGCAAAACAACACGCUGAACGUCUCGAAUAACCGUCGUAGGCACAAGAAGAAAUAUGAAUAUUUUAUACCGAUGUGCGAUAGUAGAAUCACCUCUACUUCCGUAGUUGACGAUCUGUGUAAACUGCUGCCGGCGAAAGCCAAACGAAUGUUUAAAACCAAGCAGCUGAUUAAUUGUCCGGCAUAAAGUUAAUUAAAUCGAACGUCACGUCGUCGAAAUUCAAAUUAAUUGUAAACGAAAUAAUUUUUUUUCGACCGAGAAAAAAAACCCAGUGUAUAGAUUCAGUCAGUAUUUGUGUAUUAUGUGUAAUCAAACGCUUUAAACGAGCAAUGGACUUUAAAUUAAAAGUAAUUAAUUUAUAUUUAAAAAAAAGAAUUAAAUGAAAAUCGAAAAUGUUAUUAAUUAAUUAAUUAAUCGAUAAUAAUUGAUGUAUUAUUCUAUUUUGUGUACAAAUUACCACGUUAAGUCCCCCCCCUAAAAAUUAUUCCUUGAAACCCCUCGUAGGGGUUGUAUUAUUAUUUUUAAUUAAUUUCCUUUUUGUAAAUUUAAACUUAUUUAUUUUUUCCUUUUUUAUUAUAUUUUUAACAAAACCGAUGUAGAAAUAGAGUGAUUGAGUGCGAAUGAAUGCGUAUGAGUUUUAUUAUUAUUAUAAUUAUAACUGAUUUUUAGGCACCUAUAAUGAAAAAAAAAUUAAAAG